GUCUGGGGAGAGCAGAGUCGGCUUCGUCGCUGCGUCCAGUCAGUUACAGCUUCUGGGUCACUGGUGGCCGCGGGAGCCGGGUGGGGCCUCGGCAAUGAUCCGGCAUUAAGGACCUGGGGUCCUCUUCUGUCUCAGGUGGUUUGGGGAAAGUGUAGGGGCAACCAAGAUCAUCCAUUUGACUAGGCCUUUUGCCCUGAACCUCAUGAAGAAAUGAUAGGAGGCAGACAUAUGUGCCUAAGAAGAGCACUGAGCUCAGAGGACAGCAACACAGAGCUUUGGGGGUGUGCUUUGAUUUUUGCACCUCAAUGGCAGGAUCCUCCAACGAUUCAGACCACUUGCGCUCUCGUGACCGAUUGGGUCGAUGGGCUGCCAGUUCAAUACACAGGGAAACUCGAAAUCGUCCUACUGUGGAUGUCACUGAGAAGGUCAACACUAUAACAAGUACUUUACAGGACACCAGUCGGAACCUGCGGCAAGUCGACCAGAUGCUUGGACAGUAUCGAGAAUAUAGUAAUGGACAGGCGGGGGCUAUAGAACACUUAAAAGAAAGCUUGGAACAAUCAAUAGGCCAACUGCGGAGUCAACGGUUAUUGAGAAACUCCGGAGGGAGAAGUAUUUCUGUUACAAGUCUGAGUACAAGUGACCUCGAUGGUGGCACUGUGACAGAGAGCCACCGUUUUCCACCUACCUCACCUCUGAAAGACUAUGGGGAUCAACAGGGUAUUAAACGAAAUAGGUCCAGAACUGGUGUCCGAUUUGUUCGGGAGACUGAUGACAUGGGCCAGUUUCAUGCUUUUCAUCAGUCCCUCCGAGACCUCAGCAGUGAACAAGUUCGCCUUGGAGAUGAUUUCAGCCGGGAACUUGCCAGAAGAAGCCGGUCCGAUGCUGAAACAAAAAGGGCUUUGGAAGAACUGACUGAAAAACUUAAUGAAACCCAAAAACAAGAAGUGGUUUCAGAUCGGGUAGAGCGACGGCUUCAGGAAAUAGAAAGAGAGAUGCGUACAGAAAGAGAGCUGGUGGAAAGACGGCAGGAUCAACUGGGACUUAUUUCUUUGCAGCUACAGGAGGCAUUGAAGAAACAAGAAGCUAAAGCAGAGGAGAAUGAGGGAGUAAUGAAAAAUAAGCUAAGACAAAGUGAAACUGAAAAGAGUAAACUUGAACAGGAAUUGGAGCUAUCUCGAAGGUUAUUGAAUCAGUCAGAAGGCAGCAGAGAAACACUUUUGCAUCAGGUAGAAGAACUCCGUACACAACUUAUGAAAGCAGAAGGUGAUCAAAAAGGCUUAGUACAUCAAGUAUCUCAGAUUUCCAAGCAACAGUCAAACCAUCAGGACGAACAAGAAGAUGACUGGAGGUUUAGAAGAGGGGUUGAGCGGGAAAAAGAGGAUCUGGAGAAGCAGAUGUCAGAUUGGAGAGUGCAGCUGAACUUCAGUGCAAUGGCAUCUGAGUUAGAGGAAGUGAAGCGGUGCUUGGAGCGAAAAGACAAGGAGAGAGUACAUUUGGCGGCACAAGUAGAGAAUUUAACAUGUGAAUUGGAGAACAGGGAGAAACAGCAACUAGAGAUGUUGGAUGAACUGAAGGAGAUCCAGAAUCACUUUGAGACAUGUGACGCCAGACAUAAGCGCGCUGACCUCCAGAUCUCAAAGCUGACUCAACAUGCUGAAGAUGCAACCAAGCAGGCCGAGCAGUACCUCCUUGAGUUCCAGCAGUCAGAGGCCCUGAGGCAGGAGGCAGAGGAGAGGAGAGAAGAGCUGAAGCUGAAAGCUCAGGAGUCCAUUAGGCAGUGGAAGCUCAAGCAUAAGAAGUUAGAGCGAGCACUGGAGAAACAAUCUGAAACCCUUGAUCAACUGACAGACAAGAAUAAUCAGAUCCUAAAAGAAAAGGAUGAAUUGAAAAGCCAGCUUUAUGCAGCGUUACAACAAAUAGAGAAUCUUCGAAAGGAAUUGAAUGAUGUGCUAACCAAGCGUGCCCUUCAAGAGGAGGAGCUUCACUGUAAGGAGCAAAAACUAAGUGAUGUUAAGUCUCAUCAGGCUGACCUUGAACUAGAAGUCAAGGAUUCCCUGGAUACCAUCCAGAGGCUAGAAAGUGAAUUGAAAGAGCAGAGUACGAUUCAAAGCCAGAUGAAAGCUGAGAAAACGCAUCUGGAGGAAGAAAUUGCGGAGCUGAAGGAGAACCAGGCCAAGGACCAAGCUCAGCUUCUUGAGAUGCAAGAGGCCAUCAAGGACUUGAGUGCCAUCCGGGCAGACCUUGCCAAUAAAUUGGCGGAGGAACAGAGAGCAAGGAAAGAGGUACUCAAGAACCUUUCUGACCUCAAGACACAGGCAAAAUCCAAAGAUGAAGAAACAGCUACGAUCAUUACACAGUUAAAGCUAGAAAGAGAUGUUCACCAGAGGGAGCUGGAAGAUCUCACAUCCUCAUUGCAGAGUGUGAAAACUAAACAUGAACAGAAUAUCCAGGAGCUGAUGAAGCACUUCAAGAAAGAAAAGAGUGAGGCCGAGAAUCAUAUUAAGACACUGAAGGCAGAAAGCUUAGAAGAUAAGACUAUGGCUAAAGUCCAGCGUUCUCAGCUAGAGAAGCUGAAAUCACAGUAUGACAGGCUGACAGAGGAAUUAACUCAGAAUGAAAAUGAGAACAAAAAACUGAAGCUAAAAUACCAGUGUUUGAAGGACCAACUAGAAGAAAAGGAAAAACAUAUAAACAAUGAAGAAGAGCACUCAAGGAGGAUGGAAGAGGCCAGAUUGCAGCUCAAGGAUCAACUUCUUUGUCUGGAGACUGAACAGGAAUCCAUUCUUGGUGUGAUAGGAAAGGAAAUUGAUGCAGCUUGUAAAACCUUCUCCAGGGACUCAAUGGAGAAAUUGAAAGUUUUUUCAUCUGGUCCUGAUAUUAAUUAUGACCCACAUCGCUGGUUAGCAGAAAGCAAGACUAAACUUCAGUGGCUCUGUGAGGAGCUGAGAGAGAGAGAAAACAGAGAGAAAAGUCUACGGCACCAGCUGAUGUUGUGCAGACAACAACUCGGGAACAUGACUGAAAACAAAGAAGCUGAGCUUCAGUGUCUCUUUGAACAGAUAGAAAGACAGGAGCAGCUUCUGGAAGAAAUACAUCGGGAGAAGAGAGAUCUGCUGGAGGAGACUCACAGAAAAGAUGAAGAAAUGGAAUCUCUGCAGGAUCGUGUACAUGCGUUAGAAACGAGUACCCGAGUGGCCUUAGACCAUCUGGAGUCUGUGCCUGAGAAACUGAGCCUACUAGAAGAUUUCAAAGGCUUCAGAGGUUCGCGCAGUUUAUCUGACAGAAUUGACGGGAGAUAUUCUAAGUACAGAGUUCACAGAGAAUCUCUUCAGCAGCGGCUGGAUGACACCAAGUACAGAAUCCAAAGCUUCAAAGAUGACAGAAACUUUGCUGAAAGUUCCCAUGCUCAUGGGUUAGAUCAGUCAUCCUCUUGGCAGGACCACAGUUGCUUCCUGUCUAGUCCACAGUUUUCACACUUGAACUCAUUUAUCCAAAGAACAGUUGCUCCAGAUUCACCUUCAAUCAAGGAAGAUGCCACAAGUUUACUGAUGGAUGGAACAAGUCCACAGUCCAAAAAGGAGGAAUACGAAAGCAAAAACAGCAAAAUGUAAUUAGUUGCUUUACAUGAGUGUUUUAUAAAUAAUAACAUAUGUAUCCUUGCCACAGUUUGGCCCAGAUUAUCUAGCAGACGUAUCUGUAGCUUCUGCUCUUCAGCAUUGCCAACCAUUGACUAAAAUAACAGUGCAGUUGGUCUUUGUGGAUGAUAUAAGUUAAACCAAUCCAAAUGAUAUCAGCUCGUGA